AUGACAAAAAAAUGUGCUAAACAACAUAAUCAGGAAAUGAAAGGGCCGUGGAUAGUCAAGCCGGUUGCUUCGAGUAGAGGCAGAGGUAUUUUCAUUGUGGAAGCCCCGAAUCAGGUGCCACUAGAGGAGCCUGUUGUGGUAGCCAAGUAUAUAUCUAACCCUCUUUUGGUAGCUGGUCAUAAAUGCGACCUUAGACUGUAUGUUGUUGUCACCAGUUUUGAUCCCUUAUUGGUAUAUAUUUAUGAGGAAGGAUUGGUUAGAUUCGCCACCGUCAAAUACGACUCUAGUCACAAGCAGCUCUGGAAUCCUUGCAUGCAUCUCUGCAAUUACAGCAUUAAUAAAUACCAUAGUGAUUAUGUCAAAUCUGAUGAUCCGUCCGCCGAAAACGUCGGCCACAAAUGGACGUUGAGCGCCCUUUUGCGACAUCUGAAAGCCGAGGGAAAAGAUACCGGCUUGCUGAUGUCACAAAUCGAAGAUAUGGUGAUCAAAGCGAUACUGGCUUCGGCCAACUCGGUGAUAUCCGCUUGCAAAAUGUUCGUUCCAUACAGCAACAAUUGUUUCGAAUUGUAUGGUUUCGAUGUACUCAUAGACAAAAACCUGAAACCGUGGCUUCUAGAGGUGAACUUGUCUCCUUCAUUGAAUUGUGACAGUCCGUUGGAUGUGAGAUUGAAGUCUGCCAUGCUGGCCGAUCUUUUGUCUCUCAUCGGAAUCCCUGCGGUAGAUCCGGUCCUUAGACUCGUUACGACACCAGUAAUGACGAAGCAGAGCCAAAACCUGAAGAUGAAGUUCAGCAACUAUUAUUAUCAGUGUCGACGGGUACACUCCGCUGACGGUUUGAGCAACUCUUUGCCUAAGCAGACCACUUCCAAAUCCAACGCUACCAGCAGGACUUCUUCGGCUUCUCUCCAGUUCACCUCGGAAGAGGCUAAGAUCGUGCGGAAUGCGACGGCGCAGUUCAAAAGAAGGGGCGGCUUCGUCAGGAUAUUUCCCGCCUCCGACAGUUGGGCCAAGUAUUCGCAGUAUUUGGAUCCGACUACCGGGAUCCCGAUCUCCGGCACCGCAUCGAGCAGCUACUGCCUCAACGUGCCCCACAACUACAACCAGCUUCUCUAUACGUGCUUCUUCCCCAGCAUCCCCGCCACCCCACGCCACCAAACCGAUAAACCGAGGAGCAGGGCCAAAUCUUCGGAAGCGAAGCGGGAACAGACCUCUUUGGACAGCCAGAGAGACACGAGCAAGGGCCUCAAUGGGCGUCAGGACCGGUACGAGAGGAUGCUUAGUCAGGGUCACAAGGCAGCGCUGGUGCCCCGAAAGGUCGCCAAGGAGGCGCAUGGCGUCGAGUUGAAGAAGAAGGUGGUCGAUAUGUUGCGCAGCGGAAAGAAAAUAACCCAAUGCGAGGCAAGAAAAACCUUCAGCCACUACUUAGUAUGCGUCCUGAAGAGGAUCGUCGCCGGUCCUGACCAAGAAGAUCAUGUGGAAAUCGUGCUCAAAUUCCUCCAGAAGGCUUCCAACUAUUUACGGUCUUCGUUCAGUGUAAACGCGCCCAGCAACAAGCUCGACUACAAAGACCGAGCGGCCAUCGUGGCUAAGCAGCUGAACGACUUUUUGUAUCUGUACAACAGGGAGACGGAGCUGUUCGUUGAUAAAUCCGAAAAACCGAGCCAAAUUCCUUCGAAGCUGUACAACGAGUUUUUGGAGAACGCGCGAGAGAGCGACCUCGAAGAAGUGCUGAUCUACCAGACGACACAGACGGCGCCCACUUACGGCGCCACGCCGGGCUUCCAGGGCAUCCUCAAGUGCAUUCCGAGUGCACCGCGCUCCAAACUGCCCUACAAGCACGCCAAAGACCGCGGCUUGAAGGUUUCGCAGGUCUCUUGAUUCUGCUCGGCGAUCAGAAGCUUUUCUUUUUUCUUUCUAAGAUGGCGUGACGGUCGCUGAUCGGUGGACCGAUCAGGAUUGUAUUCGUCGAUCGGUUGACCGAUCCGGAUUGUAUUUGCCGAUCGGUAGGCCGAUCGAAAUUCUAUCCGCUAAUCGGUGGACAAAUCCAGAUUGUUUUCACUGAUUGGUAGACCGAUCUGGGUUUUAUUCGCCAAUCGGUGGACCAAUCAGGAUUGUAUUCGCUGAUCGGUAGACCGAUCCGGAUUGUAUUCGCUGAUCGGUAGAACGAUCUGGAUUGUAUAUGCUGGAGAGUUUUCCUACGAUUGUGUAUACUACCGAUCGCGAAUACUCGGGAGUCAUUUUUUAUGUGGUUGAUGGUCCUGAUCGGUCCACCGACGAUAUUUAUUCGUUUGUGAUACUUAACUCGGUCACCUUGUAUCUUUCAAGACGACUUUUCUCUGUGAUACUUGUCAGCUUAGCUCGUUUCAGCAGGUUAGAAGCAUGUACAUACAUACAGACUCACAAACACAUACCGUUGAGGCACUAAUCUUCACGAUAGCUCUCGCUUAGUGUUCGUAGUUACCGAAAUGAUUAUUUAUUUUUUAAUUGAGAGUGAUUUAUUUUUUGUUGAUUUUCCUCGCACGUUGCUUUUUCGUUUUAUAUUUAUAUGUUGAUUGUUUGAUCUCGUUUAAAACGGAAGCUAAAAAUACGGGAAAUGUCGCGGAAAAAAUCAGUGGUGCACCAAAAUUUGUGUAUUUUUUAUAGUUUGGGGUUGGAAAGGAUUCUUGCAGGGUACUCGGUAUUUUCUUAUAUACUGUGUUAUUACAAUUAUUAGAUUAUUUCUUAAUCAUUGGCAGAAUUUAAGUUAGGAAUCGGAACUCGCUGGAUUUAUAUCGCCUUCAAUUUGUGAAACUUUAAUCUAUUAACGUGAACGUAUAUAUUCACUACUUACCAGUUUUAUCUCAAUAGUCGAAACAUUAUUUUCACUCCACUUUGAAUCUUAACUAUAGCUAAUUUGAAUGUAAAAAUUCUAAAAAGUUAAUUUCAGAGUAUCUGGACUCUAGCCACCCUACUAACCCUAAAACUAGAGAUUCUAACCUUUUAUAUAACACUGAAUGUACUAAUUCUAAAAUAUUCUUACUGAGAUUUUUAGCAAAUUUACUUGUCUCCAUCUCUUUACUGUUUUGAAAAAUAUUAACCUCAGCUUUAGCCACUUUAUUAUCGCAAAAACUGAUGAAUUGUGAAUUUGAGACGACUUUCAACUCAACAAUCCUUGCACUUAUUCCAGGGUGAUGGUCAUUGCUUUUUUGCAAAUCAUGUUUGUCUUCAUUUAAACUAGCAAUAUAAUUUCAUUUGUAGAAAAAUUAAUUUCACGGACUCACGGCAAUUUAGCCACAAGCAAAUUGCAUGGAAUCAUGGAGUGUGAAGAAUGCAGAUAAUCAUGAUAUCACGUUUCCUGUAGUUCUUUAUAUCAAUAAUCUGUUAUCAAAAAGACUGACCUGUGACCCUAGUCACAACUACCAUGAAUUCAUAAAUAUUUUGGUGCCCACUUGAUUUUUGAAAUCCGUUUUGUUUUUUAGUAACUUAAUUUGUUGGAAAUACGUAAUGCUGAUGAUUCUUGUGCAUUGUACCACACUAUAAAAUUUCUGGUAGAGAAAUUCAAGCGGCCAACUUUUAUAAUUAUCUGCAAUAAACGAAUGAUUAAUGUGGAUUUCUCAGAAUGGAACUGUGCAGUGGUUGCUAUGUUGCAUGAACGCCUCAAAAUUUCAGUUUGACUAAGAUUUUUGUGUUUGAAUAUUUAUUUACACUGCCGUUUAUUAUUUAUUUAUAGUGUUUUAUUAUACGAACAGCUUUAGAUAUUGAAUGAUAUAUAGUGGUAGCUUUUGGAAUUUUGACUACUUUUACACUUCCUUUUCGAUGUUGUUGAUAUUAAAUAUGAAAAAAUGGCUGACAAAGUGCUGGAUAUUUUUCGACCGAUUCGACAUGAGUUUGUAUAAAUAAUAACGUUUGAAUUUUUACAUAAUUAACAUUGUGAUGAAAUAUAAAUCAAGUUGGCAAUGAAA